UACCUUAUUUAACUUUAUAUUCAUAGUACAUCAUUUGAAACACCAGACUGGAUGAAUCAAAAGCCAGAAGAAAGAUUUCUUGGAGAAAUAGCAAUAAUCUCAUAUAGGCGGAUAUCUUAUGGUAUCUGACAGCAGAAGGUGAAAAAAUUAGUAAAACUCUUGAUGAAGGUUGUGAUAAAGGAUGGAAAGGUUUGGACUUUUUCUUUCCAUCCUUUAUCACAAAGUGAAAGAGGGGAGUGAAAGGAGGAAAGAUGACUUGAAGCUUAAUACUAAAAAAACAAACAAACCUCAAAACUAAGAUCUCCAUGCUGGUCCUAUAAUUCUCAGCAAAUAGAGGGAGAAGAAAUGUCAGAUUUUAUAAAUGUAGGGGCUCAAAGAUCACUACAGAUGGCCACUGUAGCUAUGAAAUUAAAAGAUGUUUGGUCGGAAGGACCUGGUGAACCUGGACAGCAUAACAAAAAGCAGAGACAUCACUUUGCCAAAAAUGGUUCUUAUAGGCAAAAUUAUGAUUUUUUCCAGUAGCAAUGUGUAUGGCUGAGCUCUGCUGGAUUUACCUUUUGAAUUGCCAGGCUGGAGAACUUUUGGGAAACCCUUGGAUAGUAUGGAGUUAAAUCAGCUAAUACUUAGGAAAUUAAUUUGGACCAUUCGUAGGAAGGAUAAAUACUGAAGCUGAAAUACUUUGGCCUCAUAAUGAGAAGACCCCACUCAUUGGAAAUGAUUCUGAUGUUGGGAACAGUUGAAGACAAAAGGAAAAGGGGAAGGUAGAGGAAAACGAACGCGAGCUUCCAGAGAUGAUGUAGAACAGAAGGACCUAGUGUGCUAUAGCCCUUGGGGUCACAGAAGAGUCAAGAUUUAACAAAAAUUGUAUAGGUGGCAAGUUUGUAACCAUUUCCCCCUCAAUAUGCAAAAAUAAUACAUUUCUAGUUUCAAAGCCUCAGAUUUAAAUGCUCAGGGACAGGAUGAAACAGUAUUCAAGUGUUUUCCCUGUGAUAUUCUUUGACAAAAGCCCAGAGCUAAGUAUUUUCUUGUAGUAUUCAGGGGGUUGAAAAAAGCAACCACAGUAUUUGUGGUUUUCAGGGAAAGGUUGCAGAAUGUUCACGGGGUUGAACAAUGGUCUGCCAUCUUCAGAAAGGGCCUUGAAUGCCAAGACUGUGGGAGUGAAAAGAUAACAUCAGGUUUUUAUGGCUUCUCUACUCCCAGAAAUUCUUCAUCAAAACGUUCAAACCUGUAUACCCAGUCCUAGAGGAGUAAAUAAUCAAAAAUGGUUUUGCGAUCUCCUCCUGAUUGACCCCCUCUGUGAUCUCAAAAUAGUCCAGAGACUCUCAAAGUCUCCAAACCAGAUUCAUUUAAUUCGGUUGCCUUUCAAAAAUAAAUACAGUUGGACAUUACAGGCCUGGAGUGACCAGAGUUUAAAAAUGGGGAGUUGUGGAAUACAGGAAAUCGUGUUUCUUACACCAGGUUAGGGGCCUGGCAGCCAUGACUCUAGAAAAUGCAUGUUAGCCCUGGACCCUUUCAGCCAUCCAGAAACCCACCAGUCUUCCUUCUUCUUCCUCCUCCCUUUCCCCCCUCCUCCUGAAUAAAGGUCCCGCUUGAGAAGUAGGUUUUUUAUUUGGGAGGGGGGGAUUAAAUAAGAAAGCAAGCAGGAAGAUCAGGAAGAGUGGGACGGGAGCUCCCCCAGAUCGGGGUAAGGGGAGACAAAAGGAGCUGGACGCUGGGCGCACCCUCUCCAUCCUCUCCUCUCUCAGUGGUCUGAACCGGCGGGGGAGGCAGCGGUCAAGGUGCCCCCAGAAGGCGCUGCCAGAGGCUGAGCGCGAGGAGCCCACGCACGUUCGGCGCCGGCCAGCCUUCCCUCCCCCCAAGUCUAGGAGGGUGGGGAAGCCCCCUCCCCCGAGAGUGCGCGACGAGCUCCCGCCCCCCUCAACCUCCCGCUGCCGCCCAGCCGCCGCACCUUACGUGGACCCUUCCCGCUCAGGUGAGUCCUUCCCACGCCUCCCAUUGGCCCAGGCGUCGCCGGCUCGGGAAGGCCAACGCCGACGGGUCUAGUUCAGGGUCUAGGGUGGGCGCGUCACUUCCGGUAGCGCGGAGCUUGUAAAACACCCAGGAGAGAAAAUGGCGGCUGCGGCGGCUUCGGCGGCUCAGCAGCUCUCGGAUGAGGAGCUUUUCUCUCAGCUCCGCCGUUACGGCCUGUCUCCCGGCCCAGUGACGGAGAGCACCCGGCCUGUCUACCUGAAGAAACUGAAGAAGCUCCGCGAGGAAGAGCAACAGCAACAGCAGCAGCAACAGCAGCAGCAGCAGCACCGCACCGGGGGCCGCAGCGCCAAGACGCGGAACAGCUACAACAAUAACGCGGCGGCCGUGGGGGCGCCUCCAGGGGCGGGGGCGGCCACAGCCGCCACCAGCAUGGGGGGCCGACCGCUCUCGGGCGACCUCUCGUACCUGCGGACCUCGGGGGCUCUCAGCCGCGGCUCGGCCUCAGCCCCCGAUAAUCCGCCCGGAGCCGCCGGGGCGACGGCCGCCCCCGCCGCCAGCGGCGGCGGCGGUAGUAAGGUGCUGCUGGGCUUCAGUUCGGACGAGUCAGACGCCGAGGCCAGCCCCAGGGACCAGGCCAGCGGCGGCAGGAAGGAGCGGGCCGCCUUGCAGUCCCGCGGCGGAGUGAAGCCCGCGCCCCUGGCCGACAGCGAGGGGGGCCCCGGCCAGCCCGCCGAGAGGAGGAAGCCGCACGCGUGGUGGGGGGCCCGGAGACCUGCGUCUGCCCCGGACCCCCUGGGGUCAUCAGGGAGGGAGGGCGCGCCGGAGGACGCGGAAGAAGGAGCGGAGAACGGCGGCGGCGAGAGGGACCCGGAGGGUGAGGAACUGCGCUGGACCGGCCGGCCCGUGAACGGCAGCCGGCUCCUCCCCUUCAUCUGCCGGGAGAACUACUCGGACUCCGAAGAGGAGGAGGAGCAGGACGACGUGGCCGCCGCCCGGCCGCUCUUCAGGGACGACUCACUGCUCCGCGCUCGGCCCAGGCGGGGCCUCAGCAAAGCCCCCUCCGCGGUGGCUGCUGCGGCAGCGGCAGCAGGCGGCGGCCUCGGCAAUGACCGGGCCGCCGCUGGCAGUCUAGACCGGAGGCGAGGACCGGAGGAUGGUGGGGCCGGAGACCCCCUGGACUGCAGUCCCGUCACCAGAUACCGCCUCAACUCCAAGAAGCAGCCCCUCCCCGACGGGGAUCUGAGCCUGGAUAGCCCAACCAACAACCACAUUGGGGUGGGGGGCUUUCACCUGGACCCCCCCAGGGUCUACGCCAACAGCCUCCCGCACGGCCCUCAGAUGGGCGCCACCUCCUCCCCCCCACUCAGGAUCAAUCACUCCAAUCACACGGGCUCUAAUCACACCUACCUGAAAACCGCCUACAGCAAGCAGAAGCUUUCCGAGCCCGAGGAGGAGCUCCUCCAGCAGUUCAAACGCGAGGAGGUGUCCACCACAGGGGGCUUCAGUGCCCACUACCUGUCUAUGUUUCUCUUGACUGCCGCUUGCUUAUUUUUCCUGAUACUUGGACUCACCUAUCUCGGCAUGAGAGGCACCGGGGUGUCCGAGGAUGGGACACUCAACAAGUUCAUCCUUAUUUUUUCCAAGAUGGAAGUAAAAAGCCCUUUUGAUGAAACGUUUGAAAAGAUCCAAGCAAAUGAAAAAAGUCUCAUGAUGAAUUCAUUAUACAAACUUCACGAUCGAUUGGCACAAGUAGCAGGAGAUCAUGAAUGUGGCAGUUCUAUCCAGAGGAGGCUUUCUGUCCAGGAGGCAGCUGCAUAUUUAAAAGAUUUAGGUCCUGAAUAUGAAGAUGUAUUUAACACGUCUUUGCAAUGGAUUUUAGAAAAUGGAAAGGAUGUUGGCAUUAGGUGUAUUGGUAAUGACUCAAAUGAAGAUUUGACAAACAUAACUGAUGUGCAAUUCUUACAAUCUACCAGACCUCAAAUGUCUUUCUGGUGUCGCUUUCGACGUGCAUUUAUUACUGUGACUCACAGAUUGUUGUUGUUAUGCUUCGGUGUAGUGAUGGUAUGUGUGGUUCUGCAUUACAUGAAGUAUCACUGGACAAAAGAAGAGGAGGAAACAAGACAGAUGUAUGAUAUGGUGAUAAAGAUUAUAGAUGUGUUGCGAAGUCAUAAUGAAGCUUGCCAAGAAAAUAAAGACUUACAACCUUACAUGCCUAUUCCACAUGUUCGAGAUUCUUUAAUACCACCUCCUGACAGGAAAAAAAUGAAGAAAGUCUGGGAUAGAGCUGUUGACUUCCUGGCAGCAAAUGAAUCCAGAGUUCGUACAGAGACACGAAGAAUAAGUGGCAUGGACUUUCUGGUUUGGAGGUGGAUACAGCCAUCAGCAGCCUGUGACAAAAUUUUUGUGGUACCUUCUAAAGUUUGGCAAGGACAAGCAUUUCAUUUAGAUCGAAGAAAUUCACCGCCAAAUAGUCUGACACCCUGCCUAAAGAUUCGAAAUAUGUUUGAUCCUGUUAUGGAAAUUGGGGAUCACUGGCACCUGGCAAUUCAAGAAGCAAUUUUGGAAAAAUGUAGUGAUAAUGAUGGCAUCGUUCAUAUUGCAGUAGACAGAAACUCAUGUGAGGGUUGUGUUUAUGUAAAAUGUCUAUCUCCAGAAUAUGCUGGGAAAGCUUUCAAGGCAUUACAUGGCUCAUGGUUUGAUGGAAAAUUGGUAACAGUAAAAUACCUGCGACUAGACAGAUACCAUCAUCGCUUUCCCCAAGCGCUCACUUGCAACGUUCCCUUGAAGCCAUCAAACAAACACAUGAACUCUAUGUCUCAUCUCCGUCUUCGGACAGGCACAGCUAAUUCUCAGGGAGGCUCCUGAGAGAGUGUUUCUACCACUGCUAAGACUAUUAUUCACAGCAGGAAAAUCCCUGUUUGGCUGCCGGUCUUCCUUUUUUUUUUUUUUAAGCUUUUUGUAUGUAAUAUUUUCAUUGAUGAAUACAGGUCUGCUUGAAUGUUCCAGAAAUCUUCAGUUUCCAAGGAGACUUAGCAGUAAUAUUGAACAAAUAGAGCAAUUGCUUCCUGUUACUUGAGGAGUGCAAAUAAACCAAUGCAUUUAAAAUUUUGCAUGAGGAACAUUGAAUUUAUUAAACAUUUUCCAUUAUGGUGGUUGUGCAUUUGCACCAAGAAGUGUUUUAAUAACCACAUAAAAGCAUGGUGAAGAGAAGACUUCUUGCAUUUUCAUAGUUUCCCGUUAACUAAUGUGAGUUUUUGUAACCAACCACCUAUAUGGUUCCUGAUGGCUGAUAGGUAAAACUGUUCAUUUCAGAAAUUAAUCUUAGGUUUCUGUUGCUAUAAGAGAUUCAUUUGCUGCCACUGGAAUAUGGGGACAUUUAUUUGGCUUUAGUGGUUACAUAAUAGUGUGAAGGGAUGCAGAUAUAUUUAAACUGGUUUUUGUAUAUAUAUGUAAAUGCUGGUGGUGGCAAAGGUAGUCCUGUUCUGUGAGGAUGUCUGCAUUAAUGCAGUAAAUAAGCUUCCUAUUUUAUUCAUAACCUCAUGUUUUAUAUUCUAUAUAAAUCUAUAGGCUGUACCAUCACUUAGGUCAAUCAGCCAAACACCUUAAAGUAUUAGAUACCAGUUUAAAAUAUCUUUUAUAGGUUUUAUAUAAAAUGUCUGGCUAUGAUUUUGUGUGAAAGUUCUGAUACCAAUUGUAAUGAAUUCAAAUUUAUGUAAGCAAUAAAGAAGCAAUUGGCAGAUACUGGAAAAAUAUUUUGUGAAAAGCUGUAUUUAUUAUAACAGGACUGUGACAAGGAACCAUUGGGAUUGAGUCAUUCUCCCAAUCUAUUUAUAAUUUAAUAAAGUCUUAACCACCCAGUUAUCUGUAAAGUUGGAAGCAGUGUACCAUUUUGCAAUAAAAUGUACAUUUGUUUGACAAAUAAUAUUUGCAAUUUUGGGUUUGAGAGCUGGAAUUAUAGUAAAUGUACAAGUGACAAUUACUUUGUGCCUCAGUAUUAAAAUUCAACUAUCAGUAAGUUAUUUUAUUACUGUUGAUAAUUUCUGAGUAAGAAUGAGCAAAAUUUAGUUGUAUUCUUCUGAUUGGCUCUCCUAAUAUCCUGUUGAUACAGCAGAUCUAUCAGUUCUUCAGAAGGAAUUCUGCAGAGAUAGCAAGCCUGGAAAUACAUGAGUUCUAAUAAUUGUGUUGAAAGCUCAGUUGUUUGUUUUUUUUUUCUUCCUGUUUUUGUAAAUGUGUUGGGUUUGCAGCAUGAACUUGCACAGAUAAUGCACGUUUUCUGGUUAAGUAAACAUGAUGCACACUUCUGCAACACAAAACCCUAUUGUGCCUUACCUUCGUGCUUUUGUGGGCACCAUGUUUAUGAAGAAUAAAGGUGGAUUUGUUAACUGCAGAGAAUACAUUGAAAAUUCUCAGUUUACGUCUCAGAUGCUAAAGUGUGAAAAUAUAAAUAUAUAAUAUAUAAAGUAACUGAUCUUGCUGUAUUUUAUGUGCAUCAUAGUGAUUUGUUGACUUGAGCUUAGUGACCCCAUCUUGUGACCUGUUGCAAGAAUGAAUGUAAAAAUAGUUGUGGCAUUUUAAAAGGUCGCCUUUUGAUGCAAAUGCAUCUUUCCCUUGCUUCUAAAAUAUAUUUCAUGUAAACAUUGUACAUUUAUUAUUGUAAUAUGUACUAUUAUGCCGCAUAUUUUACCUACAACUGUUUAAGCUGACCAAUAUCCCUUCCUGCAAGACAGAUGGGAAUGUGUAUAAUAAUCUAGACAUUUGAGACGUUCAGAUGUUUGAUGUAAUUUGUCACUUGUCCUGUUUAAAAAAAAAACACAAAACACAAAAAGAAAAAAACUCUAAUUAAAAGUUUAUUAGGGGUUUUUAAUAUA